AUGGCUGGAAACUCAGUUUUGCUGGCUGCUGUCUCAGUGCUCUCUGCCUGUCAGCAAAGUUAUUUUGCUAUGCAUGUAGGAAAAGCAAGAUAUAAAUACAAAGUUAUGGCCCCGGCAGUCUCUGGGUCACCUGAGUUUGAGAGAAUAUUUCGUGCACAACAAAAUGGUGUGGAGUUUUACCCCCUAUUCCUGAUUAUGCUGUGGAUGGCUGGAUGGUAUUUCAACCAAGUUUCCGCUACUUGUCUGGGUCUGGUGUACAUGUAUGCCCGUCACCAGUAUUUCUGGGGAUAUGCAGAAGCUGCUAAAAAAAGGAUCCUUGGAUUCCGGUUGAGUCUGGGGGCUUUAGCAUUGUUGGCCGUCCUAGCAGCUCUCGGGAUUGCAAACAGCUUUCUGGAUGAAUACCUGGACAUUGAUAUCGCCAAGAAACUGAGGCACUAA